GAUGCCAUUUCUGUAGGUUUAUAAUUACUCUUUGAUAAAGUGCAGAAUUGAUGAAAAAGCUUUCUAAUGCUAGCUAUUUCUACGUCCUACAACAACACACCUUUUUAUUUUACGAUUACGACCCGAUUCGGAGGAAAAUAGAUAUCAAAACAACUGUCAUAUCUGUAACUUUUAAUGGUGAAAAAUAUGAAGAAAAAAAAAUCAUGUCUUUUUCGUGCGCAUAUUGAUUUCCCGCGGAUGUGGGCUGUCAAUUUCAUCUCUAUAAUAUAUGCUGAGAUGAACUGUGAAUCAAGAAAUGAGCCAUGCGUAUAUUUUUAUGACUUCUUGAUCACAAUAAAAUCUGAUGGAUUAAGUAUUUUUCAUCCGAAGUCAAACCCUGUACAUGUGUAAUAUAGAUUUACUUCUAGUAGUGGUUAGAUUGCAAUUUGGAUAGGAAGGUUUUCUAAGCUCUGAUCUCGAAGCGCACCUUAAUAAAGACACCUUAUCAUGUGAUCUAACGAUGGAGUCCGUGAUUGACAUCAAAGACUGGUUGCUGACCAAAUGCAAAACAAACUCGACAACGUCCAGUAAGAACAACAGAGACUGCGGCAGCAACAUAGGUGGCGCCAUCACACCGGAUACGAUUCCAGAGUUUGUGAUUCCUAAAUCAAAUGGAGGCUCCAGAAGAGGAAGUUACGACAUUGAUAAUUUCGACAGCGAGCACCUCUUUUCUGUCUCGCGCAGAAGCAGUAUUUGUUCCACUAAAACGAGUCCCGGAAUUUCACCCAGUGCCUCGGCAGUGGUUUUGGAGACACGGUAUGCCUCGUCGGCUCCUGGAUCUCCGAGACAUGAAAUAAAAGAUAUAGUUUCAAGACACAAAACAUCCAAGUCUAUGAACUGCAUUGGGGAUACCAACUCUGAUCCAUUGUCAGUGGCGGCCAUGUCACUUCAUCACUUCCGUUCAAAAACUACGUAUGGAUUUAGUACAUUAUCACAAACUCCACACACUAGAAGAAAAGAGUCCCUUUUUCACAUUCAAGGAAAUGGUCUAUCGUCACGUGAUUCUCAGCGUCUGAGGUCACUUGAGGCCCUCUCGAUUAGAGGCCGACCAGACAUGAUGGACGACGUCAUCAGGUUUUCCGACCCAGACAUUUCCACGAGGAAGCACACUCCUUCCGUUAUAGUUACCCCUUCCGCUUCGCAAAUAAGUUCUUCAGAGAUGUUGUCCCCCGAACGUCAGCCAAACCAUCUCCUCGCCGCAUCGCGCUUGUUUAUAAAAAAUGGAAAUAUUGCCAAUAGAAACUUGAGGAAAGGUAAUUUGUACUACAGACGCCGAUCCUCUUUAUUAGGUCUCGAUACAGACGAAUCAAAUACCUCUUCUCAAGAUUCUCUUGUCGAAGUCAGCCAACCAAAAAAAUCUAGUAAAAGAAACGAAAAGGAUGUUGUCGCACUGAAACGACACUCUUCCCCGCAGCUAAGGGAGUCUGGACUCGUCGAGGCAUGUGAGCCGCAUAGGUCAAAAUCGUGCGCCCUAAUAAAUAGUUCCAAUUCAAAACAUACAACCAAACAUGGAGAACUUAAGUUUGCCUUCCAGUACCUAGCCGCAACUAAACAACUGAAAUUAACACUGAUCAAAGCAGAAUGUCUCGGUGGUUCCGACAAAACGGACUCAAAUUUGAACCCUUACGCAAAAGUUUAUCUUAUGCCUGGAAAACUUCAAAAACAGGUGUCUGAAUUGUUUAAACAUACACGAAAACCAGUAUUUGACAAAAGUUUCUUUUUUCAAGGACUGUCAUUAAAACAGCUACAUGCCAUGACACUGAGAAUUAAAAUUUUUCACAAAUCGCAUAACCUACGACCGCCAGAGCUGGUCGGAAGAACCGACCUGGAGUUGGAAAAUUACGACCUCAUGACAGAAAACCGGAUGUGGAAAGACCUGGAUACAGUUUGUGAAAGCGAGGACCUGGGUGCCCUUGAAGUCAGUAUGCGGUUCGAACCAAGAGAAGGCUGUCUUGUAAUAGGAGUGUGUAGAGGAAUAGGACUACCAGAACAUCAAAUCAAAGGCCCUCCAGACCCCUACGUCAAAAUAGAGGUCAUCCAGCCAGGAAAAUCAGCCUUGAAAAGAGUUACCAAGACCAAGAAGAGCACCAGAGACCCAGUUUUCAACGAAAAUUACAAUUUCCCGGUGUCUUUUAAAAUGGACGACAUCAGUUACACCUACGUCACUCUGACCGUCUACAGUCACGAACGAAUUAAGAGUGACGAGAUCAUCGGUCAGGUUGGACUCGGAUUUGUAGCAACUCAAGAUUCUGAAAUCAAACAUUGGCGGGAAAUGAUGCAAAACCCCGGUCGGGAGAUUUCUGAAAUUCACAAUCUGCUGGAUCUAGACGACGACCAAAAGCUAAAAUUAUAGCACCAUCCAUAAAAAAUACGAUGUUUUGAUGUUUUUUUUUUCAAACUCGAUAAAGUGAAAGAGAAAUAUUACCAUGGGGCAAGGAACAUCCCCCCUACCGGUUUUUCAGUGUUAAAUCAGUAAACUAUUUUUAAAAAGUUGGCUCUUUUUGGCAAAUGGGCCUCAUUUUUGAAAAAAAAAUAAGAUUGAUUUCUGUGCAAACCAAGAAGAUUUCUAUCUGAUUACGAUUCUGAAAAUAUUUCAUAGGGGGAAAUGGACUAAUACUAGAUUGGAAAUGGAAGUCCUCCACAAAAUUCAUUGAUCCGCCUUUGACACCAACCAAUAUUGAACAUCUUUCUUGCAUUUACGUUUAAACUAGGGUAAUCCUGUGAUUUGGAGCAGUGAUAAAAAUUGGGGUACAUAUUGAAUUUUACAAGGUUAUCAACAGUGUUAUUUAAGAUAUGCAAGGUGCUCGUCUGAUAACGUUUUAUACACAGACGACACAGUUUUGUUUACUAGGGAUUGAACAAAUGGUUUUGAU